GAAGAAGAUUUCAAAAAUGAGGCUAUUCUAUUAAGCAAACUUCGUCAUCCUAAUAUUAUCAAUUUUUACGGAGUUUCUACAUCACCAACGAAACAGUUUAAACAAUUAACUCUCUCAUUGGAUCAAAAAUUGAAAAUGAUUCUUAAUAUUGCUAAUGGAAUUGAAUAUUUACACAGCUUGAAACCAAGAAAAAUCAUCCAUCGUGAUCUAAAACCACAAAAUAUUCUAUUGGAUUCGAAUGGAAAUUGUAAAUUGUGUGAUUUUGGAUUGAGCAAAUCCAUUUCACAAGCAACUGUUUCUGCACUUACUAAUCAGUUGGGUACACAUUUCUACAUGAGUCCAGAAAUGUUUGAUAUUAAUGCUGUUGAUCCUACCUAUGCUACUGCAGUUGAUAUUUACAGUUUCUCAAUAAUCAUGUGGCAAUUAUUA